AUGUGCACUAGUUUCUCUCUGUCUGCCUGUCUGUCGGUCUCUUUCUCUCUGUUCCUCACUCUCUCUCUCUGUCUCUCCCUUCCUCUCUCUCUCUCUCUCUAUAUAUAUAUAUAUAUAUAUAUAUAUUUUAUUUUAUCAAAUAUCUAUCUAUCUAUCUAUCUAUCUAUCUAUCUAUCUAUCUUUUUUGAUAUCCUACCUCUCUCUCUGUAUCUUCUUCCUCUCUGUUUUGCGGCAAUUGUUAGCACAAGUAAUUUAAUUCUUUCUCUCCUCCUAUUCCCCUCCCCCUCUACCAAUUUGCACAGCAGCCAGUGCAUCGAUAUCAGCACCGCGCUGGAAAUAAGCUACGACAUCCCUCCCCGCUGUCUAUUGCUUCAUGAAGUUUCAAUUCGAUUAGUACCAAUUCCAAAGAUGCCACCACUAUCUCUCUCUCUGUUCACAUCUCUCUCUCUCUCUCUCUCUCUCUCUAUCUAUCUAUCUAUCUAUCUAUCUAUCUAUCUAUCUAUCCAUCUAUCCACGACAAAUACAUAUCAAGGACGAUCGCAUUAG